CCCUUAGAGCGUGUGGUUAAUGUCUAUGAUGGUGGUGAUCGUAAGUUCUCAGCAGACAUGGCGGUUUUGGAUCUGCAGCGGCUGAAACCGAGCGUGUUUGUGGCAAGAACUCCGAGUAUUACUUCUGAAACAAGCAGUUGGAGCAACAGCCAGGGUACGCUGCUGCAACGGAAUACGUCUCAGGUGAAGCCGAGUGGUCGAGCGUUCGGUAAGCGGUUCUUCCACGCUUGUACAGGGCCGUGUUCGACUAGAAAAGAUGUUUAUGUCCACCAAAGCAUCAAACAAGGAGAUCAGUUUGCAUUCCCGGUUCUGAAUAAUCCCACCAUCGAGAUCUUGACAGCGAAAAAGGAAGAGGAAAAAGUGCUCGAAGAGUUGCCUAGGAUGUCGCUCGAAGUUUUUGGGUCAGGAACCAUAAGCAAAGGUGACAUAGCAAAAAACCUGGUAAGAAAAAUGUCGAUUUUGACUUGGGAUGCAAUUCCGAAGAGCAAAGAGAGUCUAAUAUGUGACGAUAUGGCUAGCGAGGCUAGCUCGGAUUUGUUCGAGAUAGAGAAUAUCUCUAGAAGCGGAUGGCAACCCGAUCAGUCAAGCUGUGUCAUGAGUCCAUCAACGCAGUAUGCUCCUAGCGAGGCGAGCAUUGAGUGGAGUGUUGUCACAGCAAGUGCAGCAGAAUUCUCAUCUGUUUGUUCCGGAUAUGAUCACGAAAAACAUGCAGCUUAUAAUACAACCUCCAACAAUAAUAGAACAAGAGACCAAACCAAGAUCGAGCCAGCAAAAAAGUCCCAGAAAACACGGGCUAACGGUUUGUUGGGAUGCAAGAGUAACAAAUCUGUGAAAGUAGCCGAACCCGUGUAUAGAAAUAGUACUACCGAUAAACCGAAACAUUAGAUACAACCGGUUGUACGUAUGAUCUAUGCGUAUUAGAAAGUUGUAUUAUCUGUACGUACGUGUAUUCUGUAAUAAGUUCAAUUAAGGUGUGUUUUGGAAUGGAUCAAA